AUGAAUUCUUAUUAUUACACAAACAUAUUGAGUUCUAUUAAUCUCGAAAAUCCAAACAAUCCUCCAUACCCACAUUCUUCACCUCCAAUUUCUCCAAACCCAAAUUAUCCAUGCACAAAUCCUUCUCAAAAUCAAUAUCCAAACCCCCCUCAAUAUAUGGAACCUACUCCAGAAGUUAGUCCCACCAACAAACGAUCCAAGUCUAAAAAAACCUAUUGGACUAGGGAAGAAGAAAUAUUGCUUGCAAAAGCUUGGUUACAUAUAUCAGAAGAUAGCAUCAAGGGCACAUCACAACGCGAUAAGGAGUUUUGGCAACGUAUCAAAACAUACUACCAAAGUUCCAACACAACAAGCACUAUAAGAGCUCAAAAAAAUCUUAAAACUCAUUGGCAUUACAUGAACCCACUAGUUGUUGCAUUCAAUCAAAUUUAUUUAGUGUUAAAAAGUCAACACCUAAGCAGAUGGUCCGAUGAAGAUUUAAAAAAGGGAGCUUUUGAGCAUUAUAGUACAAGAUAUUCUACAAAUUUCAGGCACAAUCACAUUUGGAAUUUGGUCAAAAAUGAACCCAAAUGGAAAGCCGCGGGCACUACAUCUGAGGCAUCUAGAUCUUCAUCUAAUGCACAAUCUGUUAUCAACUUGGAUGAUAACGAAGAUACAUCUCGCCCAAUUGGUACGAAGGAAGCCAAGAAGACUAUAAAAGGUAAAGCAUCCAAGUCUACCUCAUCAUCAAGUAGUCGACUUGAUGAAAUACUUGAAAAACAUGUGCAUGAUAACAAAAAAACUAUGAACGCUAUCAGAAAAUGCUUUAAAACAAGAAAAGAUUAA